AUGAAUAUAGAUUCAAAUCAGUUUUGGUGUAAUCUAUGUCAACGAAAAUUUUGUUCUUCAAGUGCAUUAUAUCAACAUGGCAAACGUUUAUCACAUUUAAAACGAGCUAUGAAAAUGUCAUCUUCUCGUUGUACAACAAUAACUAAUGGAAAGAUUACAAGUUGUGUACAAAGAACUAAACCAUUAAGUACACCAAUAUCAAUUAUUCGUAUUCCUUCACCUCCUCCUGCUCUUCCACAAACUGAAUCAAUAACAAAAGAUCAAAUAAUUAUUCGCAAAAAUCGACAUGAACAAGAUAAUUCCAUAAGUUAUACAUGUAAUUCAUGUGGUUGCCGAUGUUGGUCAAUACGUAAUAUACGUCGUCAUGUACGUCUUCAUGCUGAUGUCCGUCCAUAUACUUGUAAUAUAUGUCAAUUAAAAUUUAAAUCAUAUAGUAAUUUAAUGAAGCAUUUAAAAACUAAUCGACAUCAACAAAGUAAUAAUACUAAUGAAAAAAAUUGGACAAUCGAUACACAAGCACUUGCCGAACAAAAUAAAUUAAUUAAUGAAGUAUUGAUUAUUGAUGAUGAUAAUCAAAUAGAAGAAUAAUCGAACAAUCUACUUGAAGAUUUACAAAUACCUGAUAGUCGUUUAAUUGAUGGUGAUGCUGCUGAACUAGCUCUGAUUGAUCCAAAUACAUUUGAAGAAUUACAUAAAGCAGCUGAAUGUUUACUUAAUUUACAAGGAGCUUUUUAUUUUGGUGAAGAUGAAAAUGGAACUGAAAAAGCCAAUACACUUCUUUCGACUUAA